AUGGAAUCCUGAGAAUCAAAUUGAGUCUUGUUCUUGUUUACUUUUAGAUGCCUGUCUUAGAUGUCAAGCUGAAAACAAACAAGAAGAUUGUGUUGUGGUUUGGGGAGAAUGCAAUCAUUCCUUCCACAAUUGCUGCAUGUCCUUGUGGGUGAAACAGAAUAAUCGCUGUCCCCUCUGCCAGCAGGAUUGGGUAGUCCAGAGAAUAGGCAAAUAA